CGCGGCUGUGUGGUGUACUGCGCUGGCUGUGGAGGACACAGAGCUGAACUUUGUGACGCUGUUCUACGUCUCAGCGCAGCCGCCGCUGCUGUUUCCACGUCGUGAGUGUCCGCAGAGUCGCAGCCCUGCAUUCCAAAAGAGAAGAAGAAUAUCUCACCAUGAGCUCAGACGAUGGUGACUUGGAGAACCAGGCUGAGCUGGAGGAGAAGACCAAGCUCAUCAGUCAGGUGUUGGAACUUCAGCACACUUUAGAGGACCUGUCUGCUCGAGUGGACGGCGUCAAAGAGGAGAACCUGAAGCUGAAGUCAGAGAACCAGGUUCUGGGUCAGUACAUUGAGAACCUGAUGUCUGCCUCCAGCGUCUUCCAGACGACCGACACCAAGAGCAAGCGCAAGUGAAAUCCAUCAGAACAUGGCAGCCUCUAUAAGUGGACUUGAAUACCAACAUUACUCACGUUAUACAUGUUCUGACUCAGCUGGAGUCACUGUGUCAUUACCUUAAUCCAAACACUAGGGAGCAGUGUUGUGUCAAACCAGAAUGCAGGUGAACUAAAUGGAAAUCCACAACUGGAGCCUUAAUUAAUGCAGCUCAACCAACAUGUGCUGCACAGGGUUUUUAUAACGACAAUACUCCAGAAUACUCUCAUAUGUUUCAUUAUUGUGAGCAGCAGCAGCAGCAGCAGCAGCAGCAGAAACAGCAGCAGCAGCUCCUGUCUUGACCUCAGUGAGAGCUCCACCACGAUGUGGACGCUGCUUAAAGGACUCAACAUUAAGUUAAACAUGUGAUGAUAGAUUAAGAAAACAUUGAUCAUUUCUAGCAUGUCGAUCACAAACUUUAGUGCAAAACCUAUUAAAAUCCAGACGAGUCCAUGCUAACGGCUAAUUCUGAUUUGUGCAGACUUAAUCUCCUCAGAUUGAGUUUAAAGAAACUGAACAUGAACAGUUCAGUGUUUACAGGGACAACGUUGUUCAUCUCUAGUUUUAUAUUUUUACAUUUGUGUUUAUAAAUGAUUUAAUAUUUUUAGUCAUUUCAGCACAACGUCACUUUCUGUUGUGAAACAAGAACUUUGUGUAUUUAUUUACCUUUUUUAAAUAAUCACUGAUAAACAUGUGUUUAACGUGUAAAUUUUGCAUUUUUAUUUGAAAUGAUUUGAGGUGAAUAAAGUGAUCUUUUUGAUGA